UGAGAAGGAGGAUUCAAACUUCCGGUACUGUCAUGGCGACAUGGUGGUGUGUCUGCUAAAAUAAAGAAAAAUAACCCCAUCAACAUCGGAUUUUGAGCAUUAACUGGUUGCAAAUAGCAGAGGAAUCAUUAUUUAUACGGAUAAUUCAGGUGGCCCAUCGCGGCUCGCACCCGGCCGGCCAUGGCGGCGCAUAAACCCGUGGAAUGGGUUCAGGCCGUAAUUAGUAGAUUCGACGAGCAGCUUCCAGUUAAAGUGGGCCAACAGAACACUCACACCAAAGUCAGCACGGAGCACAACAAGGAAUGUCUGAUCAACAUCUCCAAGUAUAAGUUCUCACUGGUGAUCAGUGGCCUCACAAACAUACUGAAGAAUGUGAACAACAUGCGAAUAUUUGGGGAGGCUGCGGAAAAGAACCUGUAUCUCUCUCAGCUCAUCAUCCUUGACACACUGGAGAAGUGCCUUGCUGGGCAACCGAAGGACUGCAUGCGUCUGGACGAGACCAUGCUGGUGAAGCAGCUGCUGCCAGAAAUCUGUCACUUCAUCCACACCUACCGCGAGGGCCACCAGCACGCCGCCGAGCUCCGUAACUCCGCCUCCGGGGUCCUAUUCUCCCUCAGCUGCAACAACUUCAACGCUGUGUUCAGCCGCAUCUCCACCAGGUUGCAGGAGCUCACCGUGUGUUCGGAGGACACAGUGGAUGUCCAUGACAUUGAGCUCAUCCAGUACAUCAAUGUGGACUGUGCCAAGCUUAAGAAACUGCUCCAAGAGACGGUGUUUAAAUUCAAAGCCCUCAAGAAGCCUGCCCAGCUAAGUGUCAUCAACAGUUUAGAGAAGGCCUUCUGGAACUGGGUGGAGAACUACCCUGAUGAGUUCACCAUGCUGUACCAGAGGCCGCAGACAGACAUGGCCGACUGUGCAGAGAAGCUGUUUGACCUGGUGGACAGUUUUGCUGAGAGUGCCAAGAGGAAGGCAGCCGUGUGGCCACUGCAGAUCAUCCUCCUCAUCCUCUGUCCCGACAUCACACAGGACCUCUCCAGAGAGACUGUGGAGGACACCAAGGUCAACAAGAAACUGUUCCUGGAGAACCUGAGGAAGGCCCUGGCCGGCCACGGGGGCAGUAAACAGCUGACUGAGAGUGCUGCCAUCGCCUGUGUCAAACUCUGCAAGGCCUCCACCUACAUCAACUGGGAGGACCACUCUGUCAUCUUCCUCCUGGUGCAGUCCAUCGUGGUGGACCUCAAGGCCCUGCUCUUCAACCCAGCCAAGCCUUUCUCCAGAGGGGCGGGAAGCCAGAACGCAGAUGUGGACCUCAUGAUCGACUGCUUCGUCUCCUGUUUCCGCAUCAAUCCCCACAACAACCAGCACUUUAAGGUCUGCCUGGCGUCAUCCUCCCCUCCCUCCUUUCACUUUGUCCUGGUCAACUCCCUACACAGAAUCAUCACUAAUUCUCCGUUGGACUGGUGGCCGAAGAUCGACGCUGUGUACUGCUACUCAGGAGAGCUGAGGGUCAUGUUUUCUGAGACACUGGGCCACGUGAUGAGGGGCUGCAGUACACACGCUCCCCUACGCUCGACUCCGAGUCUGACCUUCAAGGAGAAGAUGACCAGUCUGAAGUUCAAGGAGAAGACCACAGACCUGGACACGCGGAGCCUCCUGCUGGCCCUGGUCAAGCUCAUCCACUCUGACCCUAAACUCAUGCUGCAUAACCCGGGUAAGCAGGGUCAGGAGAUCCAGAGCAGUACAGCAGAGCUGAUCACCGGCCUGGUGCAGCUGGUGCCUCUGGCCAACAUGGGAGAGUGUUCACAGGAGGCCAUGGAGGCCCUCUUGGUCCUGCAUCAACCUGAGACCAUAGAACUGUGGAACCCAGAUGCUCCCAUUGAGACCUUCUGGGAUAUCAGUUCUCAGGUCCUCUUCUUCAUCUGUAAGAAGCUGGUUGGCCACCAGAUGAUCAACAGCACAGAGAUCCUCAAGUGGCUGAGGGAGAUCCUCAUCUGCAGGAACAAGUUCCUCCUCAGGAACAAGGAGCGGGCCACGGUGGGCAGUGGCAUCCCCAUCUGUAGACAGGCCCAGACCAAGCUGGAGGUGUGUCUCUACAUGUUCCUGUGGAGCCCUGACAUGGAGGCCGUUCUGGUGGCCAUGUCCUGCUUCAGACACCUGUGUGAGGAGGCUGAGGUCCGCUGUUGCGUGGAUGAUGUGCCGGUACAGACUAUCCUGCCCAACUACAACACCUUCAUCGAGUUUGCCUCCGUCAGCAACAUGAUGUCCACAGGCCGCUCAGCCCUGCAGAAGAGAGUGAUGGCUCUGUUGAGGAGGAUCGAGCAUCCUACUGCAGGAAACAAAGAGGCAUGGGAAGACACGCAUGCAAAAUGGGAGCAGGCAACCAAAUUAAUCCUCACCCAUCCCAAAACUAAGCUAGAGGAUGGCCAGGAGUGGAUCAACAUGACGGGCUUCCUGUGUGCUCUGGGAGGUGUGUGUCUGCAGCAGCGCAGCGCCCCAGGCCUGGCCACCUACAGCCCCCCCAUGGGGCCUCUCAGCGAGAGGAAAGGCUCCAUGAUCUCCAUGGGCUCCUGUGAGGGGAACACGGAGACGCCCCUGGGCCGCUUCCUGGACCGCCUGCUGUCCCUCAUGGUGUGCAGCCAUGAGAAGGGUGUUCAGAUCCGGACUAAUAUUAAGGACCUAGUUGGCCUGGAGCUCAGCCCGGCUCUCUACCCCAUGCUCUUCAACAAACUCAAGAACGGCAUCAGCCGCUUCUUCGACGCACAGGGGCCGGUCCCAAUCAAUGAUACCAACACCCAGUUUGUGGAGCAGACGAUCGCCAUCAUGAAGAACCUACUGGACAACCACACUGAGGGCAGCUCAGAGCACCUGGGACAGGCCAGCAUAGAGACCAUGAUGCUCAACCUGGUCCGGUAUGUGCGUAUCCUAGGCAACAUAGUGCAUGCCAUCCAGAUCAAGACCAAGCUGUGCCAGCUGGUGGAGGUGAUGAUGGAGAGACGAGACGACUUGUCCUUCUGCCAGGAGAUGAAGUUCAGGAACAAGAUGGUGGAGUACCUGACAGACUGGGUGAUGGGCACCUCAAACCAAGCGGCUGACGAUGACGUCAAGUGUCUUACCAGGGACCUGGACCAGGCCAGUAUGGAGGCGGUGGUGUCUCUGCUAGCUGGCCUGCCCCUCCAGCCUGAGGAGGGAGAUGGAGUGGAACUGAUGGAGGCCAAGUCCCAGCUCUUCCUCAAGUACUUCACCCUGUUCAUGAACCUGCUGAAUGACUGCAGUGAGGUGGAGGAUGAUGGGCAGCAGGUGGCAGGGAGGAAGAGGGGCAUGUCCCGACGUCUGGCCUCCCUCAGACACUGCACCGUCCUGGCCAUGUCCAACCUCCUCAACGCCAACGUGGACAGCGGCCUCAUGCACUCCAUCGGUCUGGGCUACCAUAAGGACCUGCAGACUCGGGCCACCUUCAUGGAGGUGCUGACUAAGAUCCUGCAGCAGGGAACAGAGUUUGACACACUGGCAGAGACUGUGCUGGCAGACCGCUUCGAGAGGCUGGUAGAGCUGGUCACCAUGAUGGGAGACCAGGGAGAGCUGCCUAUCGCCAUGGCUCUGGCCAACGUAGUGCCCUGCUCCCAAUGGGAUGAGCUGGCGCGGGUGCUGGUGACUCUGUUUGACUCGCGCCACCUCCUUUACCAGCUGCUGUGGAACAUGUUCUCCAAGGAGGUGGAGCUGGCAGACUCCAUGCAGACUCUGUUCAGAGGAAACAGUCUAGCCAGCAAGAUCAUGACCUUCUGCUUUAAGGUGUACGGGGCCACGUACCUGCAGAAGCUGCUGGAGCCUCUCCUCAAAGGGGUCAUCACUUCCCCAGAGUGGCAGCUCAUCAGCUUCGAGGUGGAUCCCACCAGGCUGGAGCAGAGUGAGAUCCUGGAGGAGAACCAGAGGAACCUGCUGCAAAUCACCAACCGCUUCUUCCUGGCCAUCAUCAACUCCUCCACAGAGUUCCCCCCUCAGCUGCGCAGUGUCUGUCACUGCCUGUUCCAGGCAACUUGCCACUCUCUACUGAAUAAAGCCACAGUUAAAGAGAAAAAGGAAAGCAAAAAAGCAGUGGUCAGCCAGCGUUUCCCCCAGAACAGCAUAGGGGCAGUGGGUAGUGCCAUGUUCCUACGUUUCAUCAACCCUGCCAUAGUGUCACCCUAUGAGGCGGGCAUCCUGGAUAAGAAACCUCCUCCCAGGAUAGAGAGGGGAUUGAAGCUCAUGUCCAAGAUCCUGCAGAGCAUUGCCAACCAUGUUUUAUUCACCAAAGAGGAGCACAUGAGGCCUUUCAAUGACUUUGUCAAAAGCAACUUUGAUGCAGCUAGAAGGUUUUUCCUGGACAUUGCAUCAGACUGCCCUGCCAGUGACUCCGUCAACCACAGCCUGUCCUUCAUCAGUGAUGGCAAUGUUCUGGCCCUGCACCGGCUGCUGUGGAACAACCAGGAGAAGAUAGGACAGUACCUCUCUAGCAACAGGGAUCACAAGGCAGUAGGGAGACGGCCGUUUGACAAGAUGGCCACCCUCCUAGCCUACCUGGGGCCCCCAGAGCACAAACCUGUCGCUGACACCCACUGGUCCAGCCUCAACCUCACCAGCUCCAAGUUUGAAGAAUUUAUGACAAGACACCAGGUACACGAGAAAGAGGAGUUCAAAGCCCUGAAGACCCUCAACAUCUUCUACCAGGCUGGCACCUCCAAGAACGGCAACCCUGUCUUCUACUACAUCACACGCAGAUUCAAGACGGGCCAGAUCAACGGUGACCUUCUCAUCUACCACGUGCUGCUGACCUUGAAGCCCUAUUACGCCAAGCCCUAUGAGAUUGUGGUGGACCUGACCCACGCCGGACCCAGCAACCGCUUCAAGACUGACUUCCUGUCCAAGUGGUUUGUGGUGUUCCCGGGCUUCGCCUACGAGAACGUGGCUGCCAUCUACAUCUACAACUGCAACACGUGGGUGAGGGAGUACACUAAGUACCACGAGAGACUGCUGACAGGCCUGAAGGGGAGCAAGAAGCUGCUGUUCAUUGAUUCACCAGUGCGGCUUGCGGAGCACGUGGAGCCUGACCAGCAGAAGCUGCCUGCGGCCACGCUAGCCCUGGAGGAGGACCUCAAGGUGUUCCACAACGCCCUCAAACUGGCCCACAAGGACACCAAGGUCUCCAUCAAGGUGGGCUCCACAGCAGUCCAGGUGACGUCAGCAGAGCGUACCCGGGUCCUGGGUCAGUCGGUCUUCCUCAACGACAUCUACUACGCCUCAGAGAUAGAGGAGAUCUGCCUGGUGGAUGAGAACCAGUUCACGCUUACCAUCGCCAACCAGGGCACGCCGCUCACCUUCAUGCACCAGGAGUGUGAGGCCAUCGUCCAGUCCAUCAUCCACAUCAGGACGCGUUGGGAGCUGUCCCAGCCGGACUCCAUCCCCCAGCACACCAAGAUCAGGCCCAAAGACGUGCCGGGGACCCUGCUCAACAUUGCCCUGCUCAACCUGGGCAGCUCUGACCCCAGCCUCAGAUCAGCGGCCUACAACCUGCUCUGUGCCUUGACCUGCACCUUCAACCUGAAGAUAGAAGGCCAGCUGCUGGAGACGUCGGGCCUGUGUAUCCCUGCAAACAACACCCUCUUCAUAGUGUCCAUCAGCAAGACACUGGCCGCCAAUGAACCACACCUCACCCUGGAGUUCCUGGAAGAGUGUAUCUCUGGCUUCAGCAAAUCUAGUAUUGAGUUGAAACACCUGUGUCUGGAGUACAUGACCCCCUGGCUGCUCAACCUGGUGAGGUUCUGUAAGCACAAUGACGACGCCAAGCGUCAGCGUGUCACCGCCAUCCUGGACAAGCUCAUCACCAUGACCAUCAACGAGAAGCAGAUGUACCCUUCUAUCCAGGCUAAGAUCUGGGGUAGUCUAGGACAGAUAACUGACCUGCUGGACGUGGUGCUGGACAGCUUCAUCAAGACCAGCGCUACAGGAGGCCUGGGUUCCAUCAAGGCUGAGGUCAUGGCUGACACAGCUGUGGCGCUGGCCUCCGGGAAUGUCAAGCUGGUGUCCAGCAAGGUGAUCAUCCGCAUGUGUAAGAUCAUCGAUAAGACGUGUCUGUCUCCCACGCCCACCCUGGAGCAACACUUGAUGUGGGAUGACAUCGCCAUCCUGGCCCGUUACAUGCUGAUGCUGUCCUUCAACAACUCUCUGGACGUGGCCACUCACCUGCCCUACCUGUUCCACGUGGUCACGCUGCUGGUGGCCACCGGCCCCCUGUCCCUCCGCGCCUCCACACACGGCCUGGUCAUCAACAUAAUCCACUCCCUCUGUACCUGCUCCCAGCUCAACUUCAGUGAGGAGACCAAGCAGGUACUGAGGCUGAGCCUGACAGAGUUCUCCCUGCCUAAGUUCUACCUGCUGUUCGGCAUCAGUAAGGUCAAGUCUGCUGCGGUCAUCGCCUUCCGCUCCAGCUACCGCGACCGCUCCUUCUCCCCCGGGUCCUACGAGAGGGAGACCUUCGCCCUGUCCUCCCUGGAGACAGUCACCGAGGCCCUGCUGGAGAUCAUGGAGGCCUGUAUGAGGGAUAUCCCUGGCUGUAAGUGGCUGGACCAGUGGACAGAGCUGGCUCAGAGGUUUGCGUUCCAGUACAACCCGUCCCUGCAGCCCAGAGCCCUGGUGGUGUUUGGCUGCAUCAGUAAGAGGGUGACCCACGGCCAGAUCAAACAGAUCAUCAGGAUCCUCAGCAAGGCCAGCCCCCUGCUCAGCAUAGACAGGGGUCUGGAGAGCUGUCUAAAGGGACCUGAUAACUACAACAGCCAGGUGUUGAUAGAAGCCACAGUAAUAGCUCUCACCAAGCUGCAGCCUCUCCUCAACAAGGACUCCCCCAUGCACAAGGCUCUGUUCUGGGUGGCCGUGGCUGUGCUCCAGCUGGACGAGGUCAACCUCUACUCUGCCGGCACCGCCCUGCUGGAGCAGAACCUUCACACACUGGACAGCCUCAGGGUCUUCAACGACAAGAGUCCAGAGGAGGUGUUUAUGGAGAUCAGGAAGCCUCUGGAGUGGCACUGUAAACAGAUGGACCACUUUGUGGGCCUCAACUUCAAUUCCAACUUCAACUUUGCACUAGUGGGUCACCUGUUGAAAGGGUACAGACACCCCUCCCCCAACACAGUGGCGCGGACCAUCCGGAUUCUCCACACACUGCUAGCCCUGGUGGGAAAACACCUCAACUGUGACAAGUUUGAGGUGAACACCCAGAGUGUGGCCUACCUGGCAGCUCUCCUCACUGUUUCAGAAGAGGUCCGCAGCCGCUGUAGCCUCAAGCACAGGAAGUCCCUGCUCCUCUCGGAAGUUACCAUGGAGAAUGUUCCCAUGGACACGUACUCUGUGCACCACAGCGACCCCUGCUGCAGGACUCUUCGGGAGAGUCAGCCGUGGACAUCCCCCAAGGUGUCAGAACGCUACCUAGUGGCUCACUACUCCUCGGUGGGGCAGAUCAGCCCCCGCACACGCAAGUCCAUGAGCCUGGACAUGGGCCAGCCUUCCCAGGCAAACACUAAGAAAUUGCUGGGCACUAGGAAGAGUUUUGAUCACUUGAUAUCAGACAACAAAGCACCAAAGAGGCCAGAUAUGGAGUCUGGCAUCACUACGCCACCAAAGAUGAGGAGGGUGGCGGAGAACGAUUAUGAAAUAGAAUCGACCCAAAGAAUCUCCCAUCACACCCUGAGGAAGGUGUCUGUGUCGGAGUCCAACGUGCUGCUGGAUGAAGAGGUUCUCACAGACCCCAAGAUCCAGGCUCUGCUGCUCACGGUCCUGGCUACGUUGGUGAAGAAUACAACAGAUGAUUUUGACCAGAGAAUCCUCUACGAGUUUUUAGCUGAAGCUAGUGUUGUCUUCCCUAGGGUCUUUCCAGUUGUUCACAACCUGCUGGACUCGAAGAUCAACACCCUCCUCUCACUGUGCCAGGACCCUAACCUCCUAAACCCCAUCCAUGGCAUUGUACAGAGUGUGGUUUACCAUGAGGAGUCACCCCCCCUGUACCAGCCCUCCUACCUACAAAGCUUUGGGUUUAAUGGUCUAUGGAGAUUCGCUGGGCCCUUCUCAAAGCAAACCCAGAUCCCAGACUACGCUGAGCUGAUAGUGAAAUUCCUGGAUGCUUUGAUUGACACGUAUCUGCCGGGGAUCGACGAGGAGACGAGCGAGGAGUGUCUGCGUACGCCCACGUCGCCCUACCCCCCGCCAGGCCAGAGCCAGCUCAGCAUCACAGCCAACCUCAAUCUCUCCAACUCCAUGACCUCACUGGCCACAUCCCAGCACUCCCCAGCUUCUCUGCCUUGCUCUAAGUCUGCUGUUUUCGCCCCACACCACGUCCGGCCAGGUAUUACAGCCCCUCCUCCCCAUGCUGCUCCUCACUCCCAGGCACACGGCACAGCCUCUCAGAGGAAUCGACAAGGAGAAUGUGGAACUCUCUCCGACCACGGGUCACUGCAACAGCGGACGCACGCGCCACGGCUCUGCCAGCCAGGUGCAGAAGCAGCGCAGUGCAGGCAGCUUCAAACGGCCCAGCAUCAAGAAGAUCGUAUGAGAGAGGCCCACCACUAGGACCCCUUACUGGGGUCGCCCACGCCAGUCAUCAUGCUGCACUUUUACUCCAACUCUCCUCUCUCUUUCUAUCUUUCUCAGCCUUGAUUCUCCUCAGUUUCCGUUGUUUUUUUGUGUUUUUUUUACCCUAAACUGUCCAGUCAGCCAUAUUUGCUUGACGAUCAAGAACUCUGAAUAUGAUGCAGUUUUGUUUAUGAAACAGUCAGUGUAUGAGAUGUCAUUGAGAAAGAGUCUGGCGGUUAUUAUGUUUUGUGUAUUUUUGUCACAUCGGAAUCCUUUUUUUAAAACAGCAUAAAUUGAAAGAAAGCAUUAACAUUGACAACACAGCAGUAAAAGUAGGGAACAUUGUGUCUGAAGCCAUUUUGUUGUCUUGCUUCUUUCUGGUUUUAAUUUUUGUUUCAUAAUGACAAAGUAUUACGAGAAGACCAUUUCUGUGAUUUGCACAAUUUUCUGUAAUUCAACAUGCUUGUACGCUUUUUUUUUGUGUCUUUUCUAAGUGGUGUUAGUAGGACAUUUUUCUUCAAGUUGAGAGAGCUUUGCCAAUGGGGCUGAACGACAUCAAAGGACAAGCUGCAGAUGCAUCUCAUUGGGACACAUGGCCAUGAAGAGGCAUUGUGCCUUGGGACCCAGCGUUGAGGAAAGGGAUCCCUCUCACCCACCAGAGAGACGCUACAGAGGGAGAGCACUACCCUGACACACACACACACCAUUGUGGAGGAAAUUGCUGAAUACCCUAAACCCUCCUGUAGUAGCAACAUCUGUGAAAAGCAUGACCAACAACAGACAUUAGUGGUUUACUGUGUUAUUGGGGGCUGGACUAUCAAUUGGCCCUGUUUUGAGCUGUGUCGGGGACAAUCUAAUGAUGGCCAAGCCAUGUGUCUUUAUUGAUUUGUGAUUGUCAAAGCUGUGGGGAUUUCUGUUAGGCAGUAUUUUUAUUCCCACAUGAAAGUCAGAGAGGGCCAACUAGGCGGCAGGUUGAUGUUUAUUGUCAUAAGUCUUGUCCUAGAGGCAGAACUGAGCGAUUUUCCCCUUAAUAGCCCAGCUGUAAAGUCAAAAUUGGCUAUAUUGUACAAAGAAUCAUGAAAACUUAGUGCUAGAUUUGAUGAUUUUGUGGCUGUGCCAGCUAGUGACCACUGUGGGGCUGCCUCUAGAACUAGAUUUGUGAUGGGAAAAACGCUAACCUGCCAGGUGGGCCACUCUGCAGGUUUCAGAGCUUUUGCUUUUAAUCAGCACCCUAUUCACGUUUUAUAUCACUAUGUCAAGGAAAGUAAAGGAGGAAAAUCUAGAAAACAGGAAUAGAUAUUGGCCUAUGUCUGAAACUUGGAUUGGACAUUUGAAAUUGUCCUUAGCUUUGAGAUUUGAAAUAUAUCUAUAGUGGUAGUCUUUCUCAGUAAUAAUUGUUUCAUUCUUGCCCCAAUUUACUGUAAACACAUACAAACCAUAAACUUGGGAGGUUGUUUUGUUCAUUGUGUGCCUUUUCUAGGGUUUUCAGAUGUUUAUAAUGAAAUGAGAAAUGAAAAAAUUGCUUCAUACAGCAUUAAAUGUAUUGUAGAUGGUUACUCUGCAUAAAUGUAUAUUUAUAUAUACAGUUGAGUAUUGUAAACAAUACCUUAUGAAUGAAUGACAGGCAUUAUUAAUCUGCUGCCUGGUAAUUGCCUUGUAUGGUUAAAUAUUUAUGUAAAACAUUAACAUUCGGUACCUCUUGUCAAAACAAGUAUUCACACAAAUUCCAUGACACUAGGGACCAGAUUUGCUGAGUGUGUGCAUGUGCAAAUAUUGCACCUGUUUUGUCAAGAGUGAAUGAUAUUGAAGUCAGAACAGUGAUGGCUUUUGUUUGUUUUUAUCUUUGUUUUAGGGAAAUUGGUGCCAAUUAUGUUCUGGUUCAAAAGCUUUAGUAAAUCUGUCCCUGUUUAUGAUGUAAAUAGUACAAUAAGGUAUUUGUUAUAUAGUAAUUACAAUGACAUAGUUGUGAUUUGUUUUAGUGAGCUUUGAAUUUUAUCAUUGCAAAAGUCUGAUUUAAUUUGAAAAUUUUGAGAUUUGAAAUAUGGAUUAAUUAAACUAUGGUUGUAAUUAAUCACCUCAAGACACACACCUGCUGAAUAGUGUUCUCCAUGUUUAAAAUCAGCAUAAGGAAAUAAUGCCAAAAAAUAACUUUGCGCGGGAUUGAGACUAUGGUUAGGCUGUCUGUUUGCAGAUAGAACUGUGUGUAUUGGGAGUACAACUGUACAUGGUGUUAUUGGCCCUUUUGCCAUUGUCUACCCCUCAUUAGUCCGUAGUGUGGCAUGUGUAAAGGUUUAGGCAGACAUAGGGGUCAGUUCCAUGAUGCAGUGCGGCAGGUCCUGGGAUGCUGCACCAAAGACUGGCAAAUCCGUUCGGUAGUUUUAUCAUUGUUGACUUUCUCUCAGCCUUUGCAGUUGGUCCAGUAGGCCUUGCACAGAUAGACGUGUGGCAAACAGAGACGUUCCUUUCUCUAACAACAUGGUGCAGUUUGUUAGGCAGCAGAGGAGUUCUCUGGUCACACUAUUCAAUUUCCUCGUGGAGCCUGGUUCCUAAUUUCUGCUGUUUGAGGUUGUGUACCAAGAAACCAACCAGUGCCAUACACGGUGUCUCGCUGAAGUCAUGGUUGUUUUGGAAGCUUGUGCCAACUCCUUCAGAAUUUUUCGUAAGUGUGCUUGUUAACAUUGAUGUUAAUCCUGGGGUCAAACACAAUUCCAUUAGACAUUUUUUACUUGCUUUUGCGAAGGCCAGCGUGUGCAUUAAGUGAAUUAUGUAAACUGAGUAGGAGUCGGUGUCUAGAGAUGGGGGAAGGGAGGAUAUGAAAACUGACAGUUUUAGUUUUUCACCUACAUCCAGACAUUUUAACAAUCAACAACCAUGCUCAACCCUACAUUUAUUUUCUUAUUCUAUUAAUCUGGUUUAGAUUGGACAUGAUGACCACAAGAAAAUGAACAAUGUGCACACUUAGUUUUUUCCAAAAUCAAAGUGUGUUGGUGCUGUUGAGAGGUAAUGAACCUUGUGUAAUGAAGUUGAUUCCAAAUGCCUAGAUUUUGUUUACAAAUGUUAAUAUACUUGAAUCAGGAGGCUAUAUGUCAAGAAGAAGCAGUUCCUCAUCAUGGAAAGGGGAAAAAAAAUAAGUUUUUAGAAGUCAAAUGGAACAAGUUUACCAAACACAACAUUUCAAAAGAUGAAAGGAAACCAAAGUUUAGGAACUGCAAUAUAGUACACACACAAACUCGGAAACUACUGUGUUUGAUAAACAGUCCUCUGAGAGAAGUCUAAUGUACUAAUCCACAACUUAGUUUGCUUUCAUAUGGGGGUGAGAGAUGGAACAAGCUAUGAAUCAAUGCAAACCAUUAUGUUUUCUUUUUGUAUGUGCUUUUUGUACAGUUAACGAUAAUUAUAACCACAGCAUUCUUCAUAAUGUGCUAUGAUGUGUGUAUUGUAAAAAAAACUUUAUUUAGUUCUGGCCUCAUCAGACUUUAGGAACUACAGAUCUCUGUUUCUAGCUCAUAUGCUUUGAAGGAUAAACCCAACCAACUGAUUUUAUUUGUAUUUAUUUUACAGUGUAAACCAGACAGAGCACACUUUGUAUACUCAAUGGAUCCCUCUUUCUCAGUGUCUCUUCAUAAAGGGUAGGCCAGAGGGAAUGUGUUUGCCUUGCUUUUACGGCAUGGAAAUGUGCCACUUUAAAGAACUGAAAAGAAUUGUCCCAAUUUGAAUGAAUUGAACAUUUGUCUGUUCAUGUGAAAUUGAAAAUGGUCACUUGAAGGCUCUAAAAUGUACUAGUAGUAGCUCAGGAGAGACAGUAUUAUAGAUAGCAGUUAACCACUUUGUUCAAUGCAAGGAUAAAACAAUGUCAAAAUAGCUUUUCUCCUCAAACAUUGCUUUAAUAUACAGUAAUGGCCAAUUGGUCUUCCUUUUAAGAUGGUAAAGUAUAGAAAUGAUAGCUGAAAAGUUUUGGAUGCAGAGCACCCUACCACCUGUUAUCACACCAUUUAACAGACAAAAGUAUUGGGAGCAGAAACUGUCUCCGAAAGGUCGACUGAACUCUCUGUAAAUGUAUUGUAGGUUUUCAUAAUUCUCAACUGAAGUCAAUUGUGUCUUGCACUGGUGUGAUAUCUCCUAAUUUGGCACACAUCUCAAGGUUAUGCAAAAUAUUUUUAACCAUUGGCCACUGUUUUACUGUUUCUUUCCCUCAUGUUUUAUGCAGUAAGCUCCACCUCUGUAAAUAAUUUUGUGUAAAAAUUGAUAAAGGUAUAUUUACUACACUGUAAAUACAUGUGAUGAUAUAUUGUAUUAUUUAGCUUUUUGUAAAGCAGUUAGUUGCUGUACAUGUAAAACAUACAAAUUGAAUGAUUAUAGUGUUAGUAAUUGAUAACCUCUCUCCAUCGUGUCACUGCAUUGUGUCAUUAAAUAUAUUGAGGAAAAUAAAGGAUUAAAUCGAGGAUAUAGAUGACUGUGUACUCUAAAACCUCCACUGUAUGAUCGGUUGCUGUCCUCAUCUGACAUUUACAGAUGUUGCCCUAAUAAAUUAUUUCUGUCCAAA